ACAUCCGAUGGCAUUGUUUCCGAUCAACGAGAUGAUGGCUCGUCGAAUAGUCCUGAUCAAAGAGAAUGUAGUAAUUGUGAGAUGUUAAAGGUGAAUGCAGCGCGUGCAUUUGCCUCAUUAAGCACUCUAAAACAGCGUCUCGCAACACUCGAAAGCAAUGAUAAGGACAGACAACAGCUGGAGAAAAUCAACAGAGAUCAAGCGACACUAAUUGACGAAUUUCGCGGUCAGCUGAAAAAAUCGGAAUCUGAACGAGAUCAACUUCAGUUUGAUCAUGAACAGUUGAAGGUUAGCUUGCACUGUUUAUUUUGUCAACUGCGAAUAGACAGCAGUGCGUAA